CCUUCUUACGGCGUCGUUUUUCGAUUAAAUUUUUCUCAGCCACCACUUUUUCACUUCACUUCCCCCAUUUCUGCAGGCUAUAUUUCGCCGGAGUUUCCAUCAACCGCCGGUCCCGUCAUCUCUCUUGCCGUACGUAGAUGUAGAAGACGAGGACAAAUUAUCGAGUUGGUUUUUAGGGUUCGAAAGCGGCUCUAAUAAUGGUGGUAGCUUCAACCAAUGCAUUUUCCAAAGAGAUGGCCAUCAGAAAACGCAUUGCCAACAUCUAUAAUAAAAGAGAAGAGAAUUUUCCAUCAUUGCGUGAAUACAACGAUUAUCUAGAGGAAGUUGAGGAUAUGAUAUUCAAUUUAAUUGAAGGCAUUGAUGUUCCUGCUUUUGAGGCAAAGAUUGCACAGUACCAGAGAGAAAAUGCAGAACAAAUCAUGAUUGCUCAAGCACGUAAGGCUGAAGAAUAUGCAGCAGCCUUGGCAGCCAGCAAGGGACAGCCUGCACAGUCCGAUGGAGAUGCUUUGGGCCAAGGGCCUCAGGCAGGGUCCAGUACAGGUCCACAAGGGCACUAUGCCCCUGCAAUAGCCGGAAGCAUAGCUCAGCCACGGCCAACACAACCUCUCCCAGUUGGAUCAUUUCCAGAUAUGCUAGGGGGAGAGUACGAAGAUGAUGAAAAGAUGAAACUAAGAACUGAAAGGGCUGCUAAGGCUGGGGGUUGGAGUUUAGAAAUAAGCAGGAAAAGGGCACUUGAAGAAGCCUUUGGAAGCCUAUGGGUCUGAAAGUUGUACAUCCGUUUCGAAGACUGUUCCAGCUGUGUGACUUUCUGUGGAUUCUGGCAAAAAUUGUGUAAAGUAACAAUCCAUUCUGGAUUACUCAGAGAAAUGCCAUCAAUGGAGCAGCAUUUCAGCAUUCGUCUUGACGACGUUUUUUAUUCUUAGAUGGUAUCGUGUAAAACUUACCAACUUAUCAUAGAAUGUCUUUGGUCUUUGCAAGGUUUCUUCUCAAGAGACCUCAGCUUGCCUCUCCACAUGACCGUUGACCUCGUGAUAAUUAUUCUCGGGGAUUUUGGUUCUUAUCUUAGCUACGCUUUUUUAGCCCUGUAUU